GCGGACUCCACUAGAAGCCGAGCGCUGCUGCGGGAGGCGGGCGAUGGGGGCAGGUGCCGCGGGCUACGCCAUGGACGGGCCGCGCCCGCUGCUGCUGCUGCUGUUGCUGCUGCUCCUGGGGGUGUCCCUUGGAGGUGCCAAGGAGGCAUGUGCCACAGGCCUGUACACGCACGGCGGCGAGUGCUGUAAAGCCUGCAAUCUGGGAGAGGGGGUGGCCCAGCCUUGCGGAGCCAACCAGACCGUGUGUGAGCCCUGCCUGGACAGCGUGACCUUCUCGGACGUGGUGAGCGCCACGGAGCCGUGCAAGCCGUGCACCGAGUGCGUGGGCCUGCAGAGCAUGUCGGCGCCGUGCGUGGAGGCCGACGACGCCGUGUGCCGCUGCGCCUACGGCUACUACCAGGACGAGACGACGGGCCGCUGCGAGGCGUGCCGCGUGUGCGAGGCGGGCUCCGGCCUGGUGUUCUCGUGCCAGGACAGGCAGAACACCGUGUGCGAGGAGUGCCCCGACGGCACGUACUCCGACGAGGCCAACCACGUGGACCCGUGCCUGCCGUGCACCGUGUGCGAGGACACCGAGCGCCAGCUGCGCGAGUGCACGCGCUGGGCGGACGCCGAGUGCGAGGAGAUCCCCGGCCGUUGGAUUACUCGGUCUACACCCUCGGAGGGCUCGGACAGCACCGCCCCCAGCACAGAGGAGCCAGAGCUCCCUCCGGAGCAGGACCUCAUAGCCAGCACGGUGGCAGAUGUGGGGACCACAGUGAUGGGCAGCUCUCAGCCCGUAGUGACCCGAGGCACCGCCGACAAUCUCAUCCCAGUCUAUUGCUCCAUCCUGGCCGCCGUGGUUGUUGGCCUCGUGGCCUACAUUGCCUUCAAAAGGUGGAACAGCUGUAAGCAGAACAAGCAAGGCGCCAACAGCCGGCCCGUGAACCAGACGCCCCCGCCGGAGGGGGAGAAGCUCCACAGUGACAGUGGCAUCUCGGUGGACAGCCAGAGCCUGCAUGACCAGCAGCCCCACACGCAGACGGCCGCGGGCCAGGCCCUCAAGGGGGACGGAGGUCUCUACAGCAGCCUGCCACCAGCCAAGCGGGAGGAGGUAGAGAAGCUGCUCAACGGCUCUGCGGGGGACACGUGGCGGCACCUGGCAGGCGAGCUGGGCUACCAGCCUGAGCACAUAGACUCCUUCACCCACGAGGCCUGCCCAGUCCGCGCCCUGCUCGCCAGCUGGGCCGCCCAGGACAGCGCGACGCUCGACGCCCUCCUGGCCGCCCUGCGCCGCAUCCAGCGAGCCGACAUCGUCGAGAGCCUGUGCAGCGAGUCCACGGCCACGUCCCCGGUGUGAGCCCACCCGGAGCGCCCCGCCCCCCCCACGCCCUGCCCCCACAUUCCGAUGACUGAUGGCUCCAGCCAACCCCCCACAGGCAUCAGAGCUGAGCUCCUCUGGGCAGGGAUCUCGGAGCCCGGGCCCGUCCACCACAGCCUUGCCCUUGCUCCAACGUGGCCCCCUCGCCUCUGCUCACUCUCUCCAGUGCCAGAAGGGCCACUGCUGCCUCUCCCACCCUGCCCCUGCUCAUCACAUCUCAAACCUUCUGCUCCCUUCGGCACUUUGUAUAGGUGGGCCAGUCCCCCUCCCCCCACCCCAGCAGGUGUCUGGUCUGGGGGGUGGGGCUGACAUCAAGGAUGGUGUUGGGGACCAUGACAAAGCCCCGGAGACUCAAAGGGAGAGACCGAGGAACCAGAGCCAUGGGCUCUACACUGUGAACUUGGGGAAUGAGGGACCAUCACUGUGGCCUCUGUCCUCCCUCAGCCCCUCCCCCUCCUCUCUGGCCCAAGGUGAAGAUGGUCAGGGGCUUGUUAGGGCUAGGAGGGGGUUUUGAAGUCUAGUCCACCCCCACCCCUUGUUUAUAUGCAGGACAGUCAGGCCCAGAGAGGGAGUGACUUGUCCAAAGCCACCCAGCAAUGGAGAGGCCAAAUGUGGGCUGGCUCCCCCACUCUCUGAAUGGCGGGGUGUGGCCCUCAGGUUUGCUUGAGGGCUGGGGGCUGGUGGGUGGGGGUGGGGUGGGGGGGAGGACAGGCAACCCUCUGGGAAAUGUCUCAAAGCCAAAUCCAGUCUGCCCUGCACCACCUUCAAGGCCGGUCCAGCCCCCAUGGAGAUGGGCUGCUUUGCCCAAGGCCUGGUCCGUGGACCCGGCUUGAUCAGCGAUGCAUCUGAUCGAGCAUGGUUUGGGGCUCGUGGAAUGGGGUGCUGGUUCCCCUCUGCCAGUCCCCCUCGGGCAUGUGAGUGCGGCAUCCGUGGUGGGGCCCAGCCUGCCGUUGCCCUCCAUCCGGGCACAGACCAAAGCCAACAGAGGCAGUAUCUUCUCCUGGAGCUGGCCCUGGGGGGCCAGAAACUAAGGAACCCCACCCCCCCCCCGCAACAAACAUACAGAGACACACACACACAGGAGGAGAAAUCCUGCUUUUCUCCAUGAGUUCCUUCCCUCGGGUGGGGGCCGGCUCCUGCCCAGGGCAGCUCCCAGAGAAGCCGGGAGGGAACUGCAGUCGGCUUGCUCCCUUCCCUCGCUCCCCCUGGUUUGGCGGCCAACGACGGCGGCCUUCCCAGGGCCUGCACGCGGAGGAAUGCACCCCCAUCCUCCCCUUUCCCGCAAGCGUGGGUUUGGCUGGGCUCCGAAGGCUGCAAUGAAGAGUGGACCAGUGUGGGAAUGCAGCAAGAAGGAACAGAGAUAGACUGCGGCCCACACAGGGCCUGUCUCCCAAGUUCAGAGGAUCCACUCUGUCUACCCCCCCCCAACAAAGGACUGUUUGUUCCCUAGCUUGGUGCCAGAAAGGGGCCACAAGGUCUCCUGAGGUCCCUCCUGGUCUGUUCUGUUUUGCUUGAUGUUGGAAUGAGUGUGGCGCCCCCUCUAUUUAGCAUGAACGAGCCCCUGAGCCCCAAGCAGGGUGUGUCCUGAUAGGCACCCCUCUCCCACCCAGGGUUCUCCGGACUCUGUGUAAGGGACUGGGGGCACAGUAAGUAUAUGGCGUUUCUCUGACCUCAAUCUGAUGGGAGGAGGGACCUCACCUGCUGUCCCCUCACCUGUGGGCCUGGAGGGCGGGACAGCAUCUGAGUGUAUUUAUUUUCCUCCCCAGCAGCUGGGGAGGGGUUGGGGUACCGCAGGUAUGUUUUAGCAUGUGUUGGGUUCUGGGGCCCCUCCUGCCUCCCUUGUGCGCCCCCCGGCCCAGCUGGGGGCCGUGAGUUCCAACUCCCUGUCACGUCCCCCUUGCAUCCUGUGUACUCAUUUCUUGGGCCCUCCUAAAACCUACACAUAAAACAUAAACGAUGAGCAUUAAAUAGCAAAGAAA